CCGUCUCCCACGUGUUUUUAAGGAAGGAUGAUGAUGAUUUAAGUACAGUAAACCGAGUGGCCAUCUGCAGCAGAAUAGCGGCUGGCCGAGCGACUCCAUGUAUAUGGCUUGUGCCGCACUUAAUCGCCGCGGCCGAUUAUAUGUAUCUUUUUCCUCUCCCCUGAUGGGUGAACAAUGGAGAAGCCGUCAGCAGAAAUUUCUGGUGACCCUCCUAUUUUCCCAUGCACCAGAACAUUGUUUAUGAUGCUGUUGUUGUGUAGGAGGGCAGGGACGGACCUGAUCUCGGUGGAUUUCUGCUAGAAAACACUCAGAACUCGACAGGCGGUGACCGGCCUCUCAUCCUUCCAGAUCCGAGCAGCUGAUGUUGGCAGUGCUGCCGCUAUCUUCCCGGUGAACAUGGUGAAAUUCCCAGCGCUCACGCACUACUUGCCUCUCAUCCGAUUCCUGGUGCCGCUGGCCAUUACCAACAUAGCCAUCGACCUCGGCGAACAGGCUUUAAACAGGGGAAUAGCAGCAGUCAAAGAGGAUGCUGUGGAAAUGCUGGCCAGCUAUGGUCUGGCCUACUCCCUCAUGAAGUUCUUCACAGGCCCUAUGAGUGAUUUCAAGAACGUAGGGCUGGUGUUUGUCAACAGCAAACGGGACAGAACCAAGGCGGUCCUCUGUAUGGUCGCUGCAGGAACCGUGGCUAUCAUUUUCCAUUCUCUCAUUGCCUACACAGAUCUUGGCUAUUACAUCAUUAACAAACUGCAUCAUGUGGAUGAGUCUGUGGGGAGUAAGACCCGGAAGGCGUUUCUCUAUCUGGCUGCUUUUCCUUUACUUGACGCCAUGGCCUGGACUCAUGCUGGAAUCCUUCUGAAGCACAAGCACAGUCUCCUGGUGGGAUGUGCCUCUAUUUCUGAUGUCGUUGCACAGGUUGUAUUUGUGGCUAUUUUGCUCCACAGUCACUUGGAGUGUGUGGAGCCCUUAUUGAUCCCAAUCCUCUCUCUAUAUAUGGGAGCUUUGGUACGCUUCACUAUCGUUGGUUUGGGGUACUACAGGACCGUUCAUGACAACAUCCCUGACUCCAGUGGGCCAGAGGUUGGGGGUGAUGCCACUAUUAAAAAGAUGCUAGGCUUUUGGUGGCCAUUGGCUCUUAUCCUGGCUACGCAGCGGAUUAGCAGACCCAUCGUCAACCUGUUUGUGUCACGGGAUCUGAAAGGAAGCACAGCUGCCACAGAGGCUGUUGCCGUUCUCACAGCAACAUAUCCAGUGGGUCAUAUGCCAUAUGGCUGGCUCACUGAACUCAGAGCUGUUUACCCUGCAUUUGACAAGAAUAACCCGAGCAACAAGUUGGCCAACAGCAGUGCAGUUGUGACAAAAUCCGACAUCAAGCGCUUCACUUUUGUUUGUUUGGCUCUUUCUAUAACACUCUGUUUUGUGGUGUUCUGGGCGCCACACAUUUCUGAGAGGAUCCUGGUGGAUAUCAUAGGAGUAGAUCAUGCCUUUGCUGAGCUGUGUAUCACCCCAUUACGGAUUUUCUCUUUCUUUCCCAUUCCAGUGACGAUUCGUGCUCACCUGACUGGUUGGCUCAUGACCCUGAAGAAAACCUUUGUCCUGGCACCCAGCUCUGUCCUCCGCAUCAUUGUCCUCAUCACCAGUCUCAUAGUGCUGCCUUACAUGGGGGUACAUGGGGCCACACUUGGUGUUGGAUCUCUGCUGGCUGGUUUCCUUGGGGAGUCUACUAUGGUUGCAAUUGCAGCAUGCUAUGUCUACCGGAAACAGAAGAAAAAGAAAGACUCAGAUGAAGACUUGACCAUUGACGGGGAGGACUCUGCCCCCAUGAACGAGGUCAGGGCCGGGGGCCGCAUGGACGACAUCGUGGAGUUAAGAGAAGAGGAUGAGGAAGAGCUGGAAGAAGACUGAACUGUGGAUUCUAGGCUGAGCAGGAUGCAUUGUGGGAAUCAGGGCCUUCUUGCUUUCUCGGGCAGUGUACUUAUUGCUUACUGUCCCCUGCUGCCGCCCUUUCCCUCCUGCCGA